AUGGCCGUUCCACUGGUCAACGGCGAUGUGAACGCUGCUCACCAGUCUGCUUUCAUCGAGCACGUCCUCAACUAUCCACUCAUCAGCGACGGCAUCACCACUUUCGUCCAACGAACCUUGGCCGUUCCCGUCCGCCCCUGGAUCGCCAAACUUUACGGCUACAUCUCUCCCUAUGUCCAGCGCGCGGACUCCCUGGGUGACAAGACGCUCGACCGCAUCGACGAGCGCUUCCCAGUCGUCAAAAAGCCGACCAACAAACUCUACAACGACACCCGCCGCUUGAUCCUGCUGCCGUACAACAAGUCGGUCGUAGGCCGCGAUCAUGUGUUUCAGGUCUACCGCAGCAAGAUCACGGAGGCCGAGCAGCAGGGCCUGGUCCCCCAGGGCAAAGCCGCCGUCUCGACCGCCCUCGCGGUAAGCAACGAGACACUGAGCUGGCUCAAAUCCGUGAUCCGCCAGAAGGAGGUGGCGAGAGCGACGCAGAGUCGCAAGAAAAUGAACGUGCCGCUGAGCGAAGCGAGUCAGUGA